GUGAGUGAAAGAGAGAGAGAGAGAGAGAUGGCUAAGGCAGAUAUCAGUCGUAGAUGGUCUCUUCAAGGAAUGACUGCUCUUGUCACUGGUGGAACCAAAGGAAUGGGGCAUGCUAUUGUGGAGGAAUUGUCGGGUCUAGGUGCAUCUGUACAUACUUGUGCUCGGAACCAAAACCAGCUCAAUGACUGCUUGAAUCAAUGGAAGACCAAGGGUUUUCAUCAAGUCACUGGUUCCGUUUGUGAUCUUUCAUCAAGAGCCCAACGACAUGAGCUCAUAAACGAAGUCUCAUCACAGUUUAACGGGAAACUUAAUAUCCUUAUAAACAAUGUGGGAACUACAGAAGCAAAAGCAACACUCGAUUGCACAGCAGAAGAUUUCGCAUUUGUUACGAGUACCAAUCUUGAAUCCUCUUACCAUUUGUCCCAACUCGCACAUCCUCUUUUGAAAGCUGCAGGAGCUGGUAACAUUGUUUUUAUCUCUUCUGUUGCUGGAUCGGUCUCAGUUGCAGGGAUUGGAAGCAUAUAUGCUGCCACCAAAGGUGCAGUAAACCAAUUGGCAAGAUCCUUUGCUUGUGAGUGGGGCAAAGAUAACAUAAGGGUCAACAGCGUUGCACCUUGGUUCAUCAAAACAUCCCUUUCUGUUGAUUUUCUGAAUAAUGAACAAUUUUCAAAUGCUGUCAACUCUCGAACCCCGCUAGGACGGCCGGGAGAGCCGGAAGAGGUAGCAGCCCUCGUGUCAUUUCUAUGCCUCCCUGCAGCUUCUUACAUAACUGGGCAGACUAUUUGCGCUGACGGGGGUAUGACCGUCAAUGGCUUCCUCUUCCAAGGAUAAUGAUUGCAAUUGAACUUGAGCACAAAUUGAUGUCACUUCCCCAAUUUCUAGUGGGAGACACUAUUGCUACUGUAUUCAAAGUGCUUUCUAUGUUAAGAAUUAUUGUUGUCUUUACAUUUUCAAAAUAAGUUGUUGAAAUCCUAUUAUAUAGGAAGUCAAAUUUUUUUCCCCACUUAUUCUUGGGGAGUAUCCCAAUUGCUUAAGAGUGUGUUAAUCGUGAAAUUAGUUGUUCCCAUGUUUCUUGCUGCGUUUGGUGCUUGUAUGCUUCUAGUAAACAUAUUUUUCUCACAUUAUCUAGACAUGAUUUUCUUCCCAA